GCAACUUUCUGCAGCCUCUCUUCGUUUGGGCAUCUCCAAACCAUCGACGACUCCUCUACCAAGCGCCCAUCGACACUCUCUCAGUGCACCGAGAAAAACUGGAGCUUUGAGCGAGGCGCAACAGAUCGCGCCUGCAUCCACAACUCCUCCACUACCGAAGCCUUGUAGGCUCAGAGCUGACACGCUAGCACCAAACGAGCUACAUCUGCAGUUGCAGUCACGAAUCCAUAUCUUCGCGCCGACGAGUAUUGAAAGGCCGAAGUGUUCCUGCUCAUCUCCUCGUCCAUCGCAAGGCAACUGCGUCAGACUUGUUACUUUUCCGGCGGAAACGUGCAUUUUCACGUCGCUUACUCUACCAACCACUGCCAACAUCAACCGCCGGCGGCCGAGAAGCUGGCGGACAGCACCGAGUUUAGGCAUCAGCGGUAGAGUCGCGCAGUUGGCGCAGGAUGGGGCGGAUCAAGAAGGUGGCCUCCGAGCGGCACACGGCAACACUCUCACCCUUCGUUGACAACUUCGUCAAGCAAGCGAUCACAGUACCUCUUUAUGAGCUACCGUCAAAGCUUGCCAGCUUCCCACGACACUGGCCGUUUCCGCGUGGCGAUCUGUAUCACUGGAUACAGCUUCUAGACCGUUUCGACCAUGUGCUAGAGCUGUUCACUACGGAGUAUGGACUUCACGAAGGUCCACAGACGCAGCCGUUUGACAAGCGAUUACUACAGAAGGGCGAUGCGGAAGAUGGCUUGCCGUAUCCAUCGCGGGGCGGGCAGCCGCAAGAGCUUGACGCACUUGGCUAUUCGGAAGAGGGUGACGAAACGUUGGUAAAGUCGGUGUUGCAGUUUACAAGGCUAUUGCUCGAACACUGCGGCAACAGGAGCUUGUAUGCGAGCAGUGGGCACAUCAGUGAUCUGCUUAACACCACUUCGCUGAGCUUGCUACGGCUGAGCUUGAAACUUGCUCUCCGCCUGGCCCAGCGAUAUCAGGUCGCUCGGAUGAAGGCUGGCAGUCCGCAUGCGCAACCGGGGCUCAUGGCAAACCACUACAACUUCAACCUUGACAACCUGCACAAACUUGCAAUGCCGUUUGCAAAGCCAACACAAACAGGCCUGAAUAAAGGCAAAGAGAAGGCUCUGGCAUCGUCAGCGUUCAACCCUGCAGAUCUCGUCAGCAUCGCGAAGGAACCUGCAUCGCUUGCCUUAAAGGGUGACCUCGGUGCAGUAGCGGUGACCUACUACGAACAGGCUCUUCCGGAGUCGAGACCGGUGACGACAGAUUCACCGACUGAAGCAUCGCCAACGACACCAACACCCGUGCGGAGAACGUCUAAUCUCGGACCGUCUCGUGAUCGUGACCCCGUUGCCGACAGAAGCAUGAGCUUGAAUGAAGUCCCCGUAACGCCGGCAAGGCCGCGCGAGCAGGGUGCGUCUUCGUCAGCGCCACAGGUGUAUCGCAUGACCUCUGACAAGGUCGCAAGCACACCAACUUGGGCUUUGGUGCGAGAGGCUCUAGUACACUUGCCGGCAGAGGUUCGAUAUGAAGUCCUCAAUCGGAUACGGAUCGCCAAGGUCUUCGCAUCGGCAGACGCCCCGCCUCAGCAGAUUGUCGAAAUCCGUUUACUUGCCAUUGCCAACCUAGGCUACGCCUUGAAUGAAGCCAAAUUUCAAGAAAAGAUUGGUAGCGUAGACAGCGAGGAGCCGCGGCGCUUCCACCUUGCUCAGCAGCUGUGCGAUCUCUUACAGCCUGCAACCGACGGCCAAAUCGCGCUUUCUCUCGAGACCGAGACCACUGUUCUUCUCACGCUAGAAGCCUUGCUGAAAGCUCGGCACAGGCUUUCAGAAGUCAUCGAUGCUCUUGCGAUCACCGUUAAUCACGGUCUAAUAUACUACGAGCUUCGGAGAGUCAUCGAUACGCUCCACGCUAAGGAGGACACCUUCACGGAGGACAACCUUCGUGAACUGGAGUGGCGCGAAGCUACGUUUGACCUGGUGAACACUCUGCAAUUGCACAACUCUCACGCUCGUGUGGGCGAGCGCAUGGUGACUGCUGGCGUCAUGGGCAUACUGCUAGAGGUUCUGACUCUCAGGACGACCCGCGCAGAGCGAUUCUAUGAGCGCGUGCUGUUAUUCUUCGCUGCCUUUAUCCACAACAUCCCGAACGCUCUACAAUCUUUCGCCAAUGAUAAGGGUUUUGACAUUUUUGCCGAUCUCGCCCAGUACGAGGUUGAAGCUGCAUUGAAGGACGCCGGCAGUGGCAACGGGCUGCGGUCUGACUUCAAAGCGAAGGUCAUAGACUACAACAUCCCAUAUCAUCGGCAAGCGACAUUACGGCAGCUCUUCAAGCUGACCGUGCAGCUGUUUGAGAGUAAUGCUGGCACUCACGAUCGUCUGCUCCGCAAUCUGAUCGAUACUCCACAGAUCUUGUCGUCCUUGAAAGCGGUCAUAGGAGACUCAAAGACAUUCGGCUCAAACGUAUGGAGUGGCGCGGUCAACAUUAUGAGCGCCUUCAUUCACAACGAGCCAACAAGCUAUCAAGUGGUUGGAGAAGCUGGGCUACCUCGAGCACUGCUGGAAGCGAUCGUUGGCCACAAGUUGCCCGAGGAGAUCCCUUCAGACACAACACGCAGCGAGUCCGAUAUCCCUCCUCCAAUUGAGUUCGAAGACGGCGAGCCGGUGUGGCCCAAUGUUGAAGGCAUUCUGCCCGUGGGUGAGACCAUGGUCGACAUACCGACCGCCUUUGGCGCUAUUUGCCUCAACGAGAACGGCAUGAACUUCUUCAAGGCUUCCAACGCGCUCACCAAGUACUUCGACAUCUUCGUGUCUCCACCACACGUGAAGGCGCUGGAAGAAGAGGUCAACGUUCCUAGCAACAUUGGCCAGGCCUUCGAUGAGCUGGCGAGACAUCAUCCCCGGCUCAAGCAGCAGAUUGCAACGGCUGUGAACAGCAUGGUCGAGCGCGUCGCAAAGCUCAAUCGUAAUCUAGCGGAGUACAAAGCGAUAGGCGCAAAGCUGUGGAGAAAGAACUCAGAAUCCUCCGCCGGCUCAGACAUUUACGUUGAUGGCGGUCACGCAGCUCUACUCGGCGUCGACAACCAGGCCUUCGCGGAGGCCCGCGAGUCCGAGGGCCGGUUCAUCCCUACUGAGCGUACUGUGUACACCCGAUCCGAACAUCUUAAGGAGACGGUCGGAGAGCGUGGUGAUGCGCUACGGUACUCUAACGUGUGUUCAAAGUUCCUCGAAGGCUUCUUCAGCAGUAACAACAACAACAACAGCAUGUGCGUUUCACUCUGCGAGAUGGGCGGAGCGGAGCAUAUCCUUGACCUGCUGACUUCCUCUGCGAAUCCGGCCGACUUCUCCAUGUUUGGUGCGCAUCGCUCACUGCUGAACGUCCUGAAGAUUAUGUGCGACGCCAAGUCGCAUUUGGUUCUUCCAAGCGUGCUACGGCGGUUGCAGAACACUUUCACGGCGCUUCAGCCUCUGAUCAAUGGGCCUGCGAAUCCAGAGGGGCUGUUCCACACCUUCGUCGACCUUUCCAAGCCGAUUCCAAGUCCGCUGCCUGCAGAUUUAGACGGCACAACCCUGCUGAAGUGCUUGCGCAACGCCCAAGUGCUUUCGGGAGCGUUAAGUAAGCUGCUUUCACCGCCAGCAUACAGUUCUCGGCACUCGGCGCAGACCAAUCAACUGUUUACAAACCUGAACUUCACCGACGUGUACAUUCGGCUUGUGGACGAUCUGGGUAAGCUGCAUGCCAACUGCCUCUGGGAGAACCUUGCGCUGCAGCAGACACUGUCUCCGGAGCUGAAGGACAAAACCGACCCGAAGUGUGGCAACGUUCGGCGGCUCGACGUAAACGGCUAUAUUGAGAUCAUGGAUGGCUCGCAGAGGCCUAGUGAGACCCAAAUCAACGGCGUGCAUGAUGGCAAAACGCUUUCACAUGAGUUGAGUGAGCAGGACUAUGCCGUCAAGAACAUCAGGAAUUUGCGCUUCGUGCUUGACGAGACACCGAAAUCCAUCAGUCAGUUUUUUCAUACUCUCGGACAAGCGCUGGCGCCCAGGCGCAGCAGCCAUGAUGCCCCGAAACAGCAUGCUCUUGUCGUCGCGGAGCAUAUCGCCAAGAGUGUCCUUUGGGAGCUGGAGUACCGCAAAUUCGGCGACGCCAUGGACGAGACCGCGGAGUUGAAGUACAUUGCCGCUGCGCUGCACGCUGUCACUCGAGUGAUGACCAAGUCCCCGUUCGGCAUGACCGAAACGUAUGGUCAGAAGGAGGCUUUGACGCUGGUCCUACACAGGCUGUACGUCAACGAUGGUUUCACGAAGCUUAAUGGGUACCUUUACCGCUUCGGCGAGGUCAUAGCUGCGACUAAAGCAACGGAGAGUAAUCCGCGAGUGAACGCCGCAAGAUUCGGACUGCAGGGCAUUCUGGACUUCUACGCCUCGGUCGUGAGGUACAAGACCAUCCACGAAGCUAUGCAGACAAACGCAAUGUCCGUUCGCGACCCGACCUUCGCUGACUACUUCAUGCCCGGGCAGUUUACGGUGGAGCUCAGAGACGCGAUCUUGCCUGCCGUGAGCAAGCUCUGGAACUCGCCAGCCAUCGAGACUAUGGGCGACCAGUACGUUAAGAAGAUCCUCGACAUACUCCGUCAGAUCCUGAAGGGCGAGGGCGAAGACCGAGCGAUCAAGCGGAGCAUGAUGGCGCACAGGCGAGUGCAGACCAUUCAACCAGAGUUUGCGCUCAAAAACCCGGGUUCCUCUUCCAGUGUGCGCAAUGAUCGUGUCGACAUGCAGCUUGCGCGGGAAGCGAUAUACCGAUGCAACAACCAUGAGCUCAAUGCUCGCGACUACGCCAAUCUACGCACGCCGCCGCACAGCGCUCCGAGGUUCCCAAUCCCUUCGGGUGAGCCACCUGUGAAUGGUGUUAGUGAGCCUGAGCGGCCGUCUUCGCAGCGAUCGGUGGAAAUGACCGAUGCCAAUGGCGAUGACUCCACCGAGGCAAUUGUUGACCGUGCCGCUACUGCGAAUGCUGAUGCGGCCACGGAGCCUCUGUCUGAGGAUGACGACGAGGACGAUGAAGAUGAUGACGAGGACGCGCCUAUUAACAACAUGCCUAGCGACAUCGUGCCCUCUGACUUGGCGAGUAUGGCACUUGGAGGUAGAAACAUCGGCGACCUGAUCGACUUCUCCAGUGAUCUUCCAACUGUCGGGGGUUCGGCUGCUUCAGCGGCGAAAGAGACUUUGCAGCCAUAUGUUACCAUUGACGAUCUCGACGAGAAGAGGAAGGCUCUCCGCGAUGCCCUCAUCGACCGUUGCCUAGAGGUGCUGUCUGCGGUUCCUAAUGUGACCUUCGAGCUCGCGGAUCUGAUCCAAGCGGCUGUUGCCAAGAGCGGUGAAGCGGCGAAUCCGCGAGCGGAGAUUGGCCGCACGUUAGUCUCAUCACUGAUGUCGCUGACGGCAGAUGAGCCGAGCAAAGAGUCUGGGGUCAAAAUCGCGGCGUAUGCGCAUCUCGUCGCGUUGAUUCUGCAAGACGGCGACUUUUUCGCCUCGACGCUUGAUGAGCUUAAGGAGUACUUCGAUGCGCUGGUGAACUGGGUGCAACUCGGCCAGGACCAGAAGGCUGAGGAUACACCUUGGCUGGAGACGGUGCUAUUAAUUAUGGAGCGAGUCCUCGCUGAAGACGAGCAGCCCGCCAGCAUCGAGUGGGUGCCACCGCCUGCCGACGAUCCGCUCAAGCAUUUGCCAGAGCCAGUCGUCUACGACCAGGUAGUGUCAAGUGAUUUGAGGAUGGAGCUCUUUGAAGCACUGAUCAACAUCCUGCCGAAGAUUGGCAAGAACGCUUCCCUCGCCCUAUCCGUGUCGCGUAUUCUGGUGAUGCUGACUCGGAGACGCGAGCUUGCAAUGAAGCUCAGCCAGAAGCCCGUUAUCGGCAAGCUCUUCCUAAUGAUCAGACAACUCGCUGGCUCCCUUGACGACAAGCUGCACACGUGCAUAAUGUUGAUCCUGCGGCACUUAGUCGAGGAUGAACAUAUGAUCCGCCAAAUCAUGCAGACGGAGAUCAGAGCGACCUUUGAGGGUGCGAGGGCGGCGCGUGCUAUGGACACGUCGACGUAUACUCGCAGUCUCUAUCAUCUCGUCCUGCGCGAUCCCAACAUCUUCGUCGAAGUGACGAAGGACUUGGUGGAGGUCGCUCGUUACGAUGGCCGGCCGAGUCAUGCCCAGUCAUUGACGCUGAAGAAGGAGAAGCCGGCAGCGCCAGCUGGACCCAUCCCAAGCAACGGCGAAGACAAGUCUGAGGGCAAUGACAAGGCGAGCGAGGGUGUGCAACCGAGCGUCGAGGGCGCAGAAGUCGAGAGUACUGGUGUUGGCGAGCAGAAGCCUUCCGAAGCGAAGCCGCCAAUGGUCGAGAGCCCUGACGGCGUCAUUGCGUUCCUACUACGCGAGCUUUCUAACUAUCGCGAGGUCGAAGAUACGCCCACCUUGGCGCCCAAAGACUCUCAGUCGGCACCGCAAACGAAUGGCGAGAGCGGUCCCGACGUCGACAUGGCUGAUGCUUCUUCGUCAACGCCAAAUGGCUCGCCUACGCCGCAAAUUGCGACCAAUUCGAAGAAUGAAAAGGCCACUUUCAAACCAGAGGAGCACUCUAUCUACAUCUACCGCUGCUUUCUCCUGCGGUGUUUGUCUGAGCUGCUGUCUUCGUACAAUCGCACCAAGGUCGAGUUCAUCAACUUCUCGCGCAAGCCAGAGACGCAGCCUGCUACACCUGUCAAGCCAAGAGCCGGCACCCUCAAUUAUCUACUUCACACGCUUAUCCCUGUCGGCACCCUUGAGCACAAAGAUGAUGUCGGCCAUCGCAAGAGGAUCUCAACUUCGAACCUGGCCAACACGGUGCUUGUCUCGCUUUGUGCGAAGACUCCGGAACGCACCCGGCCACUACGUGGCGUUGAGCUGGCCGCAGACGAAGACCCAGACCUCGGCUUCGUCCGCAAGUUCGUUCUUGAGCAUGCUCUCCGCUCAUUCAGGGAAGCCAUCACCUCCAACGAGCCGCUUGACCAGAAGUACGCGCGGUUGUUGGCGCUGGCAGAGCUGUUCAACUGCAUGCUGAACAACCCAGAGAGGGACAGCCAAGGGGCUGACUUCACCCACAAGCAGCAGAUCGGCCGCAUCAUGUAUGAGAAAGGCUUCAUUGGUGCACUGACCUCGGCAAUCGCUGAGCUGGACCUCAACUUCCCGAAUGCCAAGCGCGCCGUCAAGUACAUCCUUGGGCCGCUAAGGCAGCUGACGGACCUUGGCGUGCAAUUCAGUCUCACUUCGGAUGUAUCGUCGUCGAGCGGGCCAGGCACGAGUGGCGAAGAUGAUGACAUAUCAUCUGCGACGUCCGUCUCCGAGGGCGAUGAAGAUGAGCGCGAGCACACGCCGGACCUAUUACGUAACACCACACUCGGGAUGCUUGAGUCAAGCGCCGCGCCCAUGCAUGUCUUCACUGACGAUGAGGGAGAAGACGAAGAAGACGAUGACGAUGAAGAGAUGGACGAGUAUGAUGAGUAUGACGAGGAAAUGGUGUUCGAAGACGAACAGAUGCCCGAGCAUGGAGACGUUGUCAGCGACGAAGAUGACGAUGUUGACGGCAUGGGCGAUGUCGAAGGCGUACCCGGAGAUAUUCCCAUGGAUGUCGAGGUCAUCAUGGAAGAAGAUGACGAUGAAGACGACGAAGACAUGGACGACGACGACGACGAUGACGAUGACCAUGAUGAAGACGACGCAGACGAUCACUUCCAGGAGCACAUAGAUGAGAUCACGGGUGACGAUGAGAAUGCUAGCAUGGGCGAGGGAGACGAGGCCGACUGGGAAGAAGAUGAAGAUGGCAACGCCUUCGAAGAUGAUGCUGGUGAAGGCGGCUCACCUCAUGGCGGCCCGCUUGAGCAUAUUGCGCAGGUUAUUGGCAUUGAUGAGCACUCCGAGACUGGCGAAGGUGGCCGCCUUGUCCGUGUCGAUAUCGGUGACGGCGAAGAGGAGUACUUCGAGGACGAGAUGCCUCCUGAGGAUGAGGAUGAAGAAGCUGAAGAAGGGGAAGGGGACUACAACGGCGACGACUUGAUCUACGAGCCGGAAAUUGAAGAAGACGAUGAUGAGGAGGAUCUCUGGCGGAGCCUGCACCCAGCUCCUAUGCCAGUCAUUCGUGGUGGGCACCAUCACCAUCAUCAUCACCAUCAUCCGCCAGUCCGCGGCUUUGGUGGCAUGUUCGACAUGGCUGGCGCCGACGGCCUGAGAGGUACGUUGCGAAACUUACAAAACUUGCGAAACCGCUUGACCGCGCUAGAACGCGGGCUUACCGAACCAGCACCGACCUUCCGGUCACAUCGUACGGCUCCGACAGGGCGCACGGACGACGACGGCCAGAACCCCCUGCUUCGCCGCGAAGGCAGCAUUAGCGUGAAUCGCGACCGUCCAGAUGUACAGCAGGAUCCGUUGGUUCGAAUGAACGGACGGUUGCAAAGGGCUUUUCCACCGGAAGAGUUGAUUCGCGAUCUUGUAAACCAAGCUGGGCCUGGUCGUGCCGCUACUAUCAAUAUCAACAUCAAUGAUCUGCCGGGUGGUAUCAGAGGCGGCAUACCCAACAUAUUCCAACUCCCUGGAGGCAUCGGUAACCGCACUCUGAUCGACAUUGAUCCAACUCGGCCGGUGCGCGACCAACUUCAGCUAGCGCCGCGUUUCAGCGACUGGACUGUUGGGAACGGCGCAAACGACCGGAGCUCCGGCAUGACUGACGAGGCUCAAGCUGUUGACUUCACUGUCACAGCGACAAUUGUUCGCUGGCAGGAGGAGGCGAAGAUGGUGUUCGGCGGGAAGCACCACGACAAGGCCACACGAGUCGUGUCAAGCCUUCUGCGGGUGCUUGUGCCACCGGCUAUGCAAGCGAAGCUAGUCUAUGACAAGGCUGAGCGCGAGCGCAAGGAGGCCGAGGAGAAGGCGAAGGAGGAAGAGCGGAAGAAGGCUGAAGCUGAAAAGGCUGAACGUGAAGCUCAGGAGAAGAAGGAGCGUGAAGAGCGUGAAGCUCAAGAGCGCGAGGAGGCCGCCGCACGGGAGCAGGAAGAGCGUCAGGCUCAGACGGCAAUUGAGCUUGAAGGUGCAGAAAUGGAGGGUGUUGAGCAGACUCAAGGUGAAGCACAAGAGGCGACACAGGAAGAGACGGCGCCGCCUGCUGAACCCGAAGCACCUGUCGUGCGAAUGACUACCACAAUACGUGGACGUGAAGUCGACAUAACCAAUCUUGGCAUCGACCGUGAGUUUCUCGAAAGCAUUCCGGAAGACCUUCGCGAGGAAGUCGUCAUGCAGGCCAUUCAAGAGCACCGGAGCCAGCAGCGUGAGCAGACCGGCACCGAGCAGCCCACUGAGAUCAGUCAUGAGUUCUUGGAAGCGCUUCCACCAGAGAUCCGACAAGAACUCCUGCGUCAGGAGGCAAGUGAGCGGCGCCGCCGUGAGCGUCAUGAAGCUCAGCGCCGUGCCGUUCAAGAAGGUAACGCACAAUCCGCCCAGCCUGAAGACAUGAGCAACGCAGAUGUGCUGGCCAUGCUCGACCCUGCUUUACGCCAAGCAGUGUUGUUGGACCAGGAUGAAAACACGCUUGCGAUGCUGCCAGAAGAGAUUCAAGCGGAAGCACGAGCGCUACUUGGCGAUCGGUUCCCAACAAGAGUAGCUGGGGGAGGAGGAGCAUUUAGAGCUGAUGGUAAUCUUCCACGAAUCCUGCAAGAAGCGCAGCGAACCGACCAGGCUGCCCGAGAAGCCAACAGGCAGCGCAGGCCAAUUGUCCAAAUGCUGGACAAGUCAGGUGUUGCCACGCUACUCAGGCUGAUGUUCGUCUCGCUCCACCACAAGGCUAAGUCAAGCUUGGUCAGCGUCCUGGCGGACGUGUGCCGGAACGCGCAGAACCGUGCCGACGUCAUCAGUACCCUCUUGACCAUCCUGCAGGACGGCACAGGAGACGUUGCUGCAGUUGAGCGAAGCUUUACGCAGCUCUCGCUUCGGGCGAAGCAGGUAUCUUCCCAAAAGACACCACAACCCCUCAAGCGCACCCCAACUGGACUUGACAUCACGCCAACGACCGAGCUCUCGCCUCUCAACAUUGUGCAGCAUUGUCUGUCAACGCUUAACGCACUCUCCUCGGACAACAACAAGGUUCCCUCUUUCUUCUUGACGGAGCAUGAGACGCCCGCCAGCCAGAAACCGAAGACCCCAAAGAAGGGCAAGGGGCGCGAAAGCAAGGCUUCUAAGUACCCAUUGAAUGCGUUGCUGACUUUGCUGGACCGCAAAAUCAUCACCGAAAACACUAGCGUGAUGGAGGCUUUGGCGAGCCUGCUCAGCCGCGUGACGCAGCCGCUCACACUUCUACUUCGUCGGCCCAAGGAAGCUCAGCUCAGCGCAGGCAAACUCGACGGUGCAGCCCAGGAUGGCACUGAGCAGCCGCAAGCCACCGAAGGCGAUGUCUCGAUGACCGAGGCCGCGCCGGCCGAGCUUGCAGCGCAAGCCGCAGAGUCUAGCGCUCAAGAGCAAGCCGCGCCAUCAGCGUCCAUGGCCGGGUCAUCCACCGAAGCAGGCAAUGACGAAGCGAAGCCAGAGGAGAAGAAGCAUCGUGAGAUGAUACCGCCAGAGGUACCCGAAGAAAACAUUCGCUUAGUUGUCAAUAUCCUCGCCGCGCGUGAGUGCCCAAGCAAGACAUUCAGCGACACGCUUGACAUCAUUAAGCACCUCUCCGCCAUUCCAGGAGCCAAAGAAGUCUUCGGCAAAGAGCUCGUGCGUCAGGCUCAAGAGCUUGGUCAAACCGUGCUAUUCGACCUUGAAGAGCUGGCUAAUCAGAUCAACUCCGCCGAAACGAGCACAGACUUGCAAGGCCUGGCGAUUGCGAACUUCUCCUCCUCCGGGUCAAAGCAGCGCAUGCUGUUGCGUGUGCUACUCGCCCUCGAUCACCUGUUCGAUCCAAAUCGUACUCCUCAAGGCACGCCGUCUGCGGCGGCCAUUGACCCGAAAGUGAAGGAAGAUGUAUUGGCUCUGUUAUACGAGAACAGCACCUUCGACAAGCUCUGGAGCAACCUCACUUCAUGCUUGGCUGCGAUUCGUGCGCGAGGCAACAUGGUCAACGUGGCUACCAUCCUUCUGCCACUGAUUGAGUCGCUAAUGGUUGCGUGUCGGAACACGACACUUAAAGGAGUGCCAGCGGCCACGAUGGUAACUUCGCCCAUCGAUACGUCGGGCAGCACGCCGCCUCCAGAUUCGCGCAUGGAGGCGCUCUUCUUCAGAUUCACGGAGGACAACCGCAAGAUUCUGAACGAACUAAUCCGUAACAAUCCCAAGCUUAUGAGUGGCAACUUAUCGAUCCUUGCAAAGAAUUCGAAGGUUCUCGAGUUCGACAACAAGCGCACGUACUUCGGUCGCAAGCUUCACAAUCGUGGCGAGGUCCGCGUGCCACAUUCCACGCUGCAGCUUAGCAUUCGACGUGACCAAGUCUUCCUUGACUCUUUCAAGUCGCUGUAUCACAAGCGUGGCGAUGAGAUCAAAUAUGGAAAGCUCAACAUCCGCUUCCAUGGCGAAGAGGGCAUUGACGCAGGCGGUGUCUCUCGUGAAUGGUUCGCAGCAAUGGCGCGCCAAAUGUUCAACCCGGACUAUGCGCUCUUCAAUCCGGUGGCAUCUGACCGGACCACGUUCCACCCAAACCCUCUCAGCGAUAUCAACAAUGAGCACCUCAUGUUUUUCAAGUUCAUUGGUCGCAUCAUUGGCAAAGCACUCUACGAAAACCGCGUGCUCGACUGCCAUUUUAGUCGUGCAGUCUACCGCCGCAUUCUCGGAAAGUCUGUGUCCUUGAAAGAUAUGGAAAGUCUCGAUUUAGACUACUACAAGAGUCUUGUGUGGAUCCUCGAAAACGAUAUCACCGACGUCUUCGAUGAGACGUUCUCCAUCGAUGUCGACCGAUUCGGCGCCAUCGAAACUGUGGACUUGAUCGAGAAUGGCCGCAACAUACCGGUGACCGAGGAGAACAAGCAAGAGUACGUGCAGCUUGUGGUCGAGCAUCGUCUGAUUAAGUCAGUGGGACCUCAGCUCGAAAAUUUCUUGGACGGCUUUCACGACAUCAUACCCAAGGAGCUCGUUGCAAUCUUCAACGAGCAGGAGCUUGAGCUGCUCAUUUCUGGCCUACCAGACAUUGACGUGGACGACUGGAAGAACAACACCGAGUAUCACAACUACCAGGCCACCUCGUCGCAGGUUCAAUGGUUCUGGCGUGCAGUGCGCAGCUUCGACAAGGAAGAGAAAGCGAAGUUGCUACAGUUUGUCACCGGCACAAGCAAAGUGCCACUCAAUGGGUUUAAAGAACUUGAAGGCAUGAACGGCUUUGCCAAGUUCAACAUCCAUCGUGACUACAGCAGCAAGGAGAAGCUGCCGUCUAGUCACACAUGCUUUAAUCAGCUAGAUCUUCCGGAAUAUGAGAGCUACGAGCACCUUCGUCAGCAACUGUACACUGCCAUUACAGCGGGAAGCGAGUACUUUGGGUUCGCAUAAGGCGUACAUGUAGCAUACAGCGGCGGUGUACAAUAGGAGUUCGGGCAUAGCUUGGUUGCAUGAGGUGCGCUGAGAGCGAGCGAGGAGUUUGGGCGGACCAGGAGCAUUAUAUAUGAAGGCGGGCGGUGUGCAUAAUUUGCUCAUUCGUUCAGCGACGAUAGCACGGAGGCUGCUGGCCUGGAGUUUGCUGCUGUCGACCAAUAUGUUCGCUUGUACAACACCACGUUACAGCAAACACUGUCACGAAUACUUCGGCAAUUCACGCUGAGGGCACCGACCUGUAAGUGUUCAC